UUUUGGGGAGGGGAAAAGGGGAAAGUUCAGCGCAAGUUCUCCGCGCCUUCACCUCCGAGUCUUUCAGCAGGGUCUGUAGGGAGACCUCUCUCCCUCUCCUCUCCCCUUCUCUCCCUCUCUCUUUCUUUAUUCCUUUCUUUCUCUCCGUUUUUCCUCCUUUCCUUCGCGCGCCUCUUCCCUGCAACCCCGCUCUCGUUCUUUGCGACAAAAAGAAAGCGUCUCGUUCCGUUCGGUUGCGCUUCCUUCCUGUUUCGCGCGCAUCACACAAGCGCACACUCUCUCUCUCACACACAUACACACACACACACACACGCACGCGUACAGCUGGGUGUCGCUACGAAGGUGCGCGCGCUCGUGUGUGUCUCCGCGUGUUGGCGAGAAGGUCCGAUCCCGGGAGCCACGACGCGGACGAGACGCCCCGCGCCGCGCACGGACUGGUCGCGCGCCUCCGCACCGCUCUUUCUCCGCAAACCGGGGACACGCGGCGCCUUUCGCACUUCCGCGCCGCGCGCACACUCACGAUCCCGACACCUUGCUGCCCAUGGGUACCCCGGCACCUUGGGGGGGCGGGGGCUGGAUGAGGAUCCUGCGAUUUGUGAUUUAACGGAAGAUUCAUAUUUUAUAUCAAGCAAGAUACCUUUCUUGGAAUACUGCCCUGAGGACACAAAACUUAAUUUCUUCACAAGUCCCUCUUUGCGGUUCAUCUCAGCCCUCGAGUUCCCUGUUUUGUCUUGCCUGCCUGUACCGCCCGAACUAUGGCGGGGUCCCUAGACUGCAGGAGGAACCAGGACUAGGGCUAAAUGGAAGCCCAAACAGAGAGUGACAGCCUGGCACCAUGGCUGCAUGCAUUGUGAACAGCUUGAUUGUGAUGAGUGCCAACAAUCUGAAAAGUGACAGCAGCCCGCGGCCCGCCAGGCCGGUGUUGCCCGUGCCUGACCGGAGCACCUACUGCCCCAUCCUGGUGAGUCCUGGGAGCCUGAGCCCCGGCCCCUCCGGAUCCGUGUUCACCUUCCCAUCGGCACUGACCAGCCCAGGAAGCCCUAGGGCCCGCUCUCCAUCACGGCCUCCGGCCUCUCUGGGGGUGAGUGUGGGCAGCCGGGUCCGUCGGCUUAGCGGGAGCCCCACCCACACAACACCAGGAGAUGAUGUCCAGCCUCCCAGCCCAGGCCUGUCUGCCUCACGCUGCUCCCCGCAGGUCCUGCAGAUCCACAAGGAGCUGCAGAAUGUGCAGGUUAACCAGAAGGUGGGCCUGUUUGAGGCCCAGAUCUCCGACCAGAGAAGUCAGGUGCAGAAUUCAGAAAUCCAGCGCAGCCCACGGCUGCCCCGUCGGCCUGGCUCUACCUCUGAGUCAAGUGGUCUGACGCUGGAGGUUCAUCGGCAGGCGUCCUCACCCCGGCUGCCGGACAGCUAUCCCAACAUCCCCCGGGAACUGCAGAAUGGAAAGGGUGGCUCUGGGAAUAGUGGAGGGGAGGACUGUAGUGGCAGUUCUACUAUGGAUCAGGGCCACGGGCGCAUAAAUGAAACACGGACCCAGGCGGAUGGCUCGGCUGGCAGUGAGACCAGGGGGAUGUCGGAGGUGGGAGUUGGCCUGUGUGGUGACUUGGGGGCAGAGCACGGGGGUUGCCCGGAGACAUCAAACAUCCCUGCUGUUAUCGUCACCGACCAUGGGGUAGAGGACUGCACUACUGCACAAGGCCCAGAGGCACAGCCCAGCCCUGGCUCUACCAGGGCCGCCCGGAAGCUCUCGUCUUCUUCCGCUUCCUCCACCGGGUUCUCCUCGUCCUGGGAGGAAUCGGAGGAUGACAUCUCCAGCGACCCCGAACGUGGGGAACGGUCGUCGGCCUUCCUGCAGACGCAGCAGAAAGCCCAUAAAUCAUGGAAAAAGAUAAGGAACAUGGUGACCUGGUCGCCAUUUGUGAUGUCCUUCAAGAAGAAAUACCCCUGGAUCCAGCUGGCGGGACAUGCAGGCAGCUUCAAGGCCGGUGCCAAUGGGCGUAUCCUGAAGAAACAUUGUGAGAGCGAGCAGCGCUGCCUCGAUUGGUUAAUGCGCGAUGUUCUACGGCCCUAUGUGCCUGCCUACCAUGGUGACGUAGAGAAGGACGGCGAAAAGUACAACCAGAUGGAUGACCUUCUGGCAGAGUUCGACCUGCCGUGUGUGAUGGACUGCAAGAUGGGCGUGAGGACAUACCUUGAAGAAGAGCUGACGAAGGCGAGGAAGAAGCCGAGUCUGAGGAAGGACAUGUAUCAGAAGAUGAUCGAGGUCGACCCAGAAGCUCCCACAGCAGAUGAGCACGCCCAGCAGGCUGUCACCAAACCUCGCUACAUGAAGUGGAGGGAAACAAUCAGCUCAACAGCUACACUGGGGUUCCGCAUUGAAGGCAUCAAGAAAGAAGACGGGACGGUGAACCGGGACUUCAAGAAGACCAAGAGCUGGGAGCAGGUGACCGAGGCGUUCCACGACUUCGUUAAGGGAAACAAGAACAUCCUGAACUGUUAUCUGAAGAGGCUGAAGGAGAUCAGGGACACUCUGGAAAUAUCACCUUUUUUUAAGACGCAUGAGGUCAUCGGAAGCUCCCUACUCUUCGUCCACGACAGGCGGGAGCAGGCCAAGGUGUGGAUGAUAGACUUUGGGAAGACCACGCCGCUGCCAGAAGGCCAGAUGCUGUCCCACCGAGACCCGUGGGUGGAAGGCAACCGCGAGGACGGCUACCUGUGGGGCCUCGACCACCUCAUAGACAUUCUGGCGGAAAUGGUGGAGAAGCACCCCGGCUAAGGGCUCGGGAUUCACGAGGGGAUGCGGGGGCUCCGCCCGGCCCAGAUCACGCUCACUACAAGGGACACGUCGGGUCCUCGUCUCCGAGGCGGACUAGGACCGAACGGGCGGGACUCAGAGGCGAGCGCGAACCCGAAGCGCAACGCAGCAGCUGUGUGUGUACCAGUAGACACUGUAUAUAGUCUGUAAACAGUAGGUGCUGGGAAAUGAUAGGAAUAUGACUGUUUUGUCCACCUCCCCUCCCAGUCCGUGCUGCAAGAACUGUAGGAACGUCCCCCAAUUUGUAGGCGAAGUAACAGAAUUUUUAUAGGCUUUUUAAAAUGUUUUUCAAAAGAUGUAAAAGUGUAAACAGCGCUAGGUUUCGCUCACAGUUGACGGCACUCUUCCGUUAGACGUUGUCUUUUCGUUGAUGCACGUGCCUUUUUAAAAACACGUUGUUAAUCGGAGCACUCCACCGAUCUUAUCAAUGACCCUUGAUUUCAUAUUACCAUUAAAAAGUCAUUUUUGGUUUCAUUCGGUUUAUUUUCCCCGGACUGCUGUUGAACUGUUCUGAUCUUAUCUCACUGCGGUGCCAUUGUGUGCAGGGAGGGGAAGUCGAUGUCUUAGUGCCUUAAUGAACAUGUAUAUCAAGUAGGGUGACUCUGCUAAGGAGCAUGUCAAAAGUACACUUGACUGCGUAAGGAGCUGCAAGCUCAUUGAGCGCAAGGUGUGUAACAGUUGGAGAAAAUCACGUUGGGUUGACACACAGAAGUUCCCCUAAUUCCAGAAACUUCCAGGAAAUGCCAGAAUUUCAUAUGUAGUAUUUUGGUCUGUGCUGUUCUAAAAUCGCUAGCAUGCUGUGCGUGUUGAUAGGGGUGGGGGUUGUCCUGAGGACCAUCCCUGGUAGGAAACAGCUAAUUGAGCUGAAGAAGAGAGGACAGCAUGGAACCCCCCCCCCCAUU